AUGCACAUCAAGAAAGUGACCGUGCAAGGCUUCAAGACCUUCAAAGCCACAACGGUAGUUGAUGACUUGCUGCCAGAAUUCAACGUGGUGGUCGGCAGAAACGGCUCAGGAAAGUCCAACUUCUUCGCUGCCAUCAGAUUCGUCCUUCUGGAUGCGUACACACAUAUGACUCGAGAGGAGCGUCAGGGUCUUAUUCACGAAAGUUCAGGAACCGUAAUGCUGGCUUUUGUCGAGAUUGUGUUCGAUAACUCGGACAAGAGGUUCCCUCUUCCUCAUGAAGAGGUGGCUAUUCGCAGAACCAUCGGUUUGAAAAAGGACGAUUACUCGCUAGAUGGAAAGCUUGUGACGCGUUCUGAUGUGAUGAACUUGCUCGAGAGCGCUGGCUUCUCAAGACUGAACCCUUACUAUAUUGUUCCUCAGGGAAGAAUCACCUCCAUCACAAACUCGAGAGACUCCGAGAGAUUGAACUUGUUGAAGGACGUGAGUGGCGCCAAAGUAUUCGAGGCUAAGCUCAAGGAGUCCUCCAAAGAAAUGGCAAACUCGGAUUUCAAGAUGCAGCGCAUCAAUGAAGCUAUGGAAAGGCUUGAUGAUAAGAUAGCAGACUUGGCCAUCGAACUGAACGACUUGAAGGAAUUCCAAUCUCUCGAAAGCAACAGAAAAGUUCUAGAGUUCCACUUAUUUGAUCGCGAGUUGAACAGUCUCAACGCUCAGAAUGAAAAUCUCGAUGAGACCUACAACGCCUUGCUAGCUCAAACGAGGAAGGACUUGGAGGAUAUUGAGACCAGAGAGAAGCUUUGUGAAGAUCUUCAAAGCAAAAUCAAGAGCACACGUCAUGCCAUCACAUUGGCUACUUUAGAGAAGCAGCAGGCUGAUUCUGACUAUUAUCGUCUACUUCAAGACAUUGGUGUAAAGGAAGCAAGUGAAAAGGAGCUUGAGCUGAAUCUUGGAAAUGCACAAAACGAGGCUCAAGAACAUGCUCAAAAACGUGAAAAGUAUGUUGCCUUGCUCCAAGAACACGAGGAGACUAUCAAUUCACAGCUUAAACCUCAACUAGAUGAAUUGCUCCAGAACGAGGCACGACUCAAGGAGGAGAUUAACAAGCUCGGUGCACAACAGGCAGCUCUUUACUCUAAGCUGAACAGAUUCAAGAGCUUUUCUGACAAGAAGAGCCGAGACAAAUGGCUCAAGGAUGAAUUGAAGGGGUUGAAAGAGCAACUCGUCAAGAAACGUCUGCUUCAUCAAAAGGCUGUUGAGGAACACAGAGAUCUUGAGAAGAAAUUCGAGGAAGUGAAACAACUUGUUAAAGAGAGCAGGCGCUCCUCUGACGAAAGUGCUUCCCAAAUGGCAAACAGGAGUAUCGACACGGAAGUGAGCAAGACCAAGGCUUCUCUCGCGGACCUCACAGAGAAGCGGAAAGCCCUUUGGAGAGAGGACAUCAAACUUCGAUCUCUACAUGAUGCUACUGAAUUGGAGCUUUCUGACGCUAAUCACAAGGUGAGCCUGACAAUGGCUCGUUCCCAAGCGGAGGGAUUAAGAGAAGUGCAGAAUAUUACUGAACGUCUCAACUUGCAAGGAUCUGUGUAUGGCCCGCUUUCUGACUUGUUUGUUGUGUCCGAUAAGUACAAAACUGCUGUUGAAGUAAUUGCAGGUGCUUCCUUGUUUCAUGUUGUCGUCGAUAACGACGACACAGCCCUGAUAAUAAUGAAGGAGUUACAGAGAUUGAAGAAAGGUCGAGUGACCUUCAUGCCUCUCAACAGGAUCUACACUCCGCCAAUCUCCUUCCCAAGUCAAGAGGAACAAGACUUUAUCCCUCUCAUAAAGAAGAUAAGACAUGACGAGGACUUGGUCGGAAAAGCUAUUGAGCAUGUGUUUGGCCGUGCUAUCGUAUGCAAGGAUCUUCAUCGUGGUGCUGAGCUAGCUAGAUUGCACAAACUCACUGCAAUCACAUUGGAUGGUGACAGAGCAAGCAACCAGGGUGUAAUGACCGGUGGUUUCAGAGAAUACAAGAACUCAAGACUUGAUGCACUCAGAAGUCAGACAAAGAAGAGAAACGAGCUCAAAAGACUACUGGAAGAGAUAAAAGCUUGCACCAAGAAACUACUGGAUGUUGAUAAAGAUAUCACUGAUUGCAAUGCCAAAUUAAAUGGCCAAGUCAACGAGUUGAACACGUUGAAGUUGGAGCAUGAGAGAAGAAAGGGCGAGUUGAGUCAACAUCUUAACAAUAAGUUCUUGGUUGAAAAAAUGGUAUUGACUGCUAACAGAGAAAUCUCCAACAUCACCAACAGUCUUGGAUCCAUUGAUGCCAAAAUUGUGCAAUACCAGGAUGAGCUUAAGUCUCCAUUCACCGAUCAAUUGAGUGAUACUGAAACCAAAAAACUCGAGGAUCUCAACAAUGGUCUUGAAGCUCUCGAACGACAGCUUGAUCAGGUUGUCUCUGAGACCUCGCUGAAGGAGACUGAAAUCGUUAAGCUCGAAGCUCAGUGCGCCAAUUGGAACUCACACAUCGCUGUUGAGUUCAAUGAAUUCAGCGAACGUGAAAAGAGCAUAGAGCUUGCUAGCUUGCAGAAGGAGCUCGGAUCGUUGCGUUCUAGAGUGUCAGCGGUGAAACGUAAUUGUGACAAGGUUAGCAAAGAUUUGGAGAAGCAGGAAACGAAGCUCACAGAUCUUCAAAGUAAACUUCAGGAAGCUAACCAGGAGCAGGGUUCACUGGUGAAGCGCCUUGAGAAAUUGAGCAAAAAGACGGAGGGCAUUCACUCGAAGAAGUCGAUUCUUGACACCAGAAGAAAGGAGCUCCAGGCGAAGGUGGGUAAUCUUGGAGUCUUGCCAGAGGAGGCGUUCGAGGAUGCUAAGUUUGAGGAACGUUCUCUGGACGAUCUUCUUGCAGAACUUAACUCAGUGAAUGGAGAUCUCAAGAAGUACUCACACAUAAACAAAAAGGCGUUGGAGCAAUUCAACACUUUCAAGAAGGAGCAGGAAGAUCUUGUGGCUAGGAAAGAGGAUAUGGAGAAAUCGAAAGAGUCGAUUGAGAAGCUCAUUGAAUCUUUGAGCCAGCAGAAACACCAUGCUAUUUUGAACUGCUUCAAACAGGUGUCGAAGAGCUUCCACGAGAUAUUUGAAAAGCUAGUGCCUAACGGAACAGGAGAGUUGGUGAUGCAGAAGAAAGAUGGAGUCACUGAUGAGCAGUCGCCAGACUUAUAUCGUGGCGUGGCACUUACAGUUUCUUUCAACUCCAAGAGUGAUGAACAGCAGCACAUUGAGCAAUUGUCGGGCGGCCAGAAAUCUCUUUGCGCUAUAGCACUCAUUCUCGCCAUCCAGAGAUGUGACCCGGCUCCAUUCUACUUAUUCGAUGAGAUUGAUGCAAACCUCGAUACCCAGUAUCGAACCGCUGUGGCCAACAUGAUCAAAGCCUUAUCACGGGAUGCUCAAUUUAUUUGCACCACAUUCAGACCAGAAAUGCUCCAGGUGGCCGACAAUUUCUACGGCGUAUCGUUUGCCGAUAAGGUAAGCACUAUUACGGGCAUCGAGCGUGCCGAGGCACUUCUGUUUGUGGAAGGCCAGCGCUAG